AUGUCUUUCACAUCGAUUCCCGUGCUCGACGUCAGCCGCGCCAGCGACCCGGCCACCAAGCCCGAGUUUCUGUCGGACCUGCGCAAUGCACUGAUCGAGGUCGGCUUCUUCUACAUCAAGAACGUUGGCAUCCCCGACACCCUGUUCCAGACUGUCAUCGAGCAGGGCCGUGCGUUCUUCGACAUCCCCGAGGACGAGAAGCUCAAGAUUGAGAUGAAGAAUGCGCCCUCGUUCUUGGGCUACUCGCGCCUGUCGGCCGAAGUCACGGCCGGCGCCGUCGACCACCGCGAGCAGAUUGACCUGUCGACGGAGCACGCGGUGCCCGGGCCCGACGCGCCGCGCUACGACAACCUGCUGGCGCCCAACCAGUGGCCGGCCGACAGCGUGCUGCCCCGGUUCCGGCCUGCGUUCACAGACUUUAUGACGCGCAUGGGCGACAUGUCGCUCUACUUCACGUCGCUCAUGGCCGAGGCCAUUGGCCUGCCGCCGCGUGCGUUCGAGCGCUACUUCGACCCGGACCCGCGGCGGCGGCAGCACAAGCUCAAGAUUGUCAAGUACCCGGACGUGUCGGAGCUGGGCGCGGCCGCGGCCGGCAGCAACCAGGGCGUGGGCCCGCACAAGGAUAGCAUGUACACGACCUUUUUGUUGCAGGCCAGCGAGCACCGCGGGCUGCAGGCGCAGAACACGCGCGGCGCGUGGAUUGACGCGCCGCCGAUUGACGGGACGCUGGUGGUGGUGAUUGGGCAGGCGCUGGAGGCGCUGACGCAGGGCGUGUGCGUGUCGACGACGCACCGGGUGCUGUCGCCCGCGGCGGGCGCGGGCGCGCGGUUCUCGAUCCCCUUUUUCCAGGGCGAGCUGGAGCGGGUGGGCGUGGGCGCGGUGCCCGAGGACGUCAAGGACCAGCGGCGGGCGGUCGUGGCUGCUGUCGGCGGACGGCUGGACGACGUCGAGUUUACGUUCCGGACGGGCGGCGCGGCCAAGACGCUGGGCGAGGCGACGCUGCGCAACCGGGUCAAGAGCCACCCGGACGUCGGCGAGCGGUGGUACCCAGACAUCCUGGCCGAGAUCCGGGAGGAACAGCGGCUCAAGGCAGACGAGGCUGCGGCCAAGAGCCGCGAGGCAUCCAUCACGGCGACUGUGGCCCCGGGUCCCGAGGCAUCUCGGACACCUGCUGUGCCGGCACAUUGA